AAAAAAAUCCCCUCCCCUCCCCUCGUCUCUUCCCUCUCUCUCUCUCUCUCCCCUCGCGAUCUCGCGAGGCGAAGGAGACGAAGUGGUCCUCGCGAUCGCUCACAAUCGCCGCCUUGUCCCCUCGGCGGGGGAUGACGAGGAGGCGGCGGUGGCGAUGACGCACAAGUCCGAGCCCGGUGCCCUGUCCAGCGGCGGCGGUAUAAGCUUCCGAACUGGAUCCAAAGAUGAAAGCUUCAGCUAUGGUUAUGCCACCUUUAAGGGGAAAAGGGCAUCAAUGGAAGAUUUCUUUGAGACAAGAAUAGCAGAAGUGGAUGGUCAGAUGGUUUCAUUCUUCGGAGUGUUUGAUGGCCAUGGUGGUGCAAGAACUGCAGAAUAUUUAAAGAGUCACCUCUUCAAGAACUUAAGCGACCACCCAGAUUUCAUUAAAGACACGAAGUCAGCUAUUGUUGAAUCUUUUAAGCAAACCGAUGACAACUACCUUAGUGAAGAAAAAGGUCAUCAAAAAGAUGCUGGUUCAACUGCAUCGACGGUUGUUUUGUUAGGCAAUCGCCUUUUUGUUGCAAAUGUGGGGGAUUCCAGAGUUGUUGCAUGUCAAUCUGGCUCAGCAAAACCUUUGUCCAUCGAUCACAAACCUGAUAGAUCUGAUGAGCGGCAGCGAAUUGAAAAGGCAGGGGGCUUCAUCAUUUGGGCAGGCACUUGGAGAGUGGGCGGUGUACUUGCUGUUUCUCGUGCAUUUGGAGACAAACUACUUAAGCCGUAUGUGGUUGCUGAACCAGAAAUUCAGGAAGAAGACAUUGAAGGGAUGGAUUUUCUGAUUAUCGCCAGUGAUGGACUUUGGAAUGUUGUGUCCAACAAGGACGCAGUGGAGAUUGUGCAGCGCAUAAAUGGCGCCGAAUCUGCCGCGAGAAAACUUAUAGAAGAGGCCUACUCCAGGGGGAGUAGCGACAACAUCACUUGUGUCGUGGUCCGGUUUGACAUAUCUGAGCCAAGUGAUAUCAUGUUCGGCGCGGGAGAUUCGGAUAAAUAUACCAGUCUUUAAACUUAAAAACACCGGUUUCUUAAAGUGGUCAGUCGUGAAAACAGUGCUAACUUCCAACUAACAUGUAACAAUAUCCGCCAAAAUCCGGUUUUCUACCAUCCAUCCUUUUCACUAACUAGAUUAGAUUGUUUGGUCUUUCUUUUUUCAUCUUAUUCUCCUUUAAACUUGUGUACUCGGUAUGAUAAGAUUGUAAGAGACGUUUCGUGUUUAUGACGGAUUUGGUUUAGACGCCUUUUAUCAUUUGUAAUUCGUAAUCUGAUGAUCCGGUAUCGAAAAAGAUGAACUUCGAAAACUGCUCAUGAAAAACUGCUUCUCCUGCUUUGUGAUCGAGUUGGUAUUAUGCCAUUCUCAUAAAUUGCUCUUUC